ACCUUCCUAAAACCCAAAAACACUUCUUAGUCUACUAAUACAAGACACUAAGUAUACAACCCAGCGCCGUUCUCACGCGUGCCUUCUUCCUUCCUCUUCAGUCUUCAAUCCUCAGUCCACCCCUUUUUCUCUCUCUCUCAAUUCUCAAACACUAGUACAGUAGUACAGUACAGCCCACGCACGGACGGCGCACCAGGCUGACACACAGUAAGUUAUGGCCGCUCAUUCUGAUUUUAUGGGUUCCAAACUACUCAACACAGAAUUUAAGGGUUAUGGACAACGUAAACUAUUUCUGUCUCGAAAUUCAGUUAGUACUCUUCGGAGGCAUUUAAGUCACGGGGUAGUUCGAUGUGUUACUCGGUUACCGAAUUUGGACACUGUUAGUGUUGGGUUGAGAUGUGCAGGGGUCGGAAAGCUGAGAGCUGUUGUUUCAGGAGAUGUGGGUGUUGGAUUGGAUGAAGAGUUAUCGCGUUCGUUGGACAAGGUUACUCAUUUCUUCCGUGUUCCGUUUAUUCAAGAUAGUGCAGCUGAUGAGCUUCUGAGGUCAAUUCAGACGAAGAUAUCGAAUGAGAUUGUGGGUUUAAGAACUGAGCAAUGUUACAAUAUUGGGCUGGAUGCUGAGGUUUCUAGCGAAAAACUUUUGGUGCUUAAGUGGCUUCUGGGUGAGACUUAUGAACCUGAAAAGUUAGGGACUGAGAGCUUUAUAGAUAAGGAGACAAGGGAAGGUUGCACUGCUGUAGUUGUUGAGGUGGGACCUAGAUUAUCUUUUACAACAGCAUGGUCAACUAAUGCUGUAUCUAUUUGUCGAUCAUGCGGUGUAACAGAAGUGAAUCGUCUGGAGCGUUCCAGGCGGUAUAUGUUAUUUUCUAAGAGUCCUUUGCAGGAGCAGCAGAUUGAUGACUUUGCUUCCAUGGUUCAUGAUCGAAUGACUGAAUGUGUGUAUACUCAAAGACUUAUGAGCUUCAAGACGAGUUUGGUUCCGGAGGAAGUUCAAUACGUGCCAGUGAUGGAAAAGGGUAGGAAGGCCCUUGAAGAAAUCAAUGAGAGAAUGGGUUUGGCAUUUGAUGAGCAAGAUCUUCAGUAUUAUACAUGGCUUUUCAAGGAAGACAUUAAGCGGAACCCAAGUAAUGUUGAAUUAUUUGAUAUUGCACAAUCUAAUAGUGAACACAGCAGGCAUUGGUUUUUCACUGGUAAACUAGUUAUAGAUGGAAAACCUGUUGAAAAGACCCUUAUGCAAAUUGUGAAGAGUACUUUGAAAGCAAACCCAAGCAAUUCAGUGAUUGGGUUCAAGGAUAAUUCUAGUGCCAUAAGAGGGUUUCUUGUGAAACAAUUGCGGCCUCUUCUGCCAGGUUUGACCUGUCCACUUGACCUGCAGCUGCGUGAUCUUGACAUUUUAUUUACUGCUGAGACGCAUAAUUUCCCAUGUGCUGUGGCACCUUACCCUGGAGCAGAAACAGGUGCUGGUGGUAGGAUUAGGGACACACAUGCAACAGGAAGAGGGUCUCUUGUUGUCGCUUCUACGGCUGGUUAUUGUGUUGGAAACCUGAAUAUGGAAGGUUCUUAUGCUCCCUGGGAAGAUCAAUCAUUUGCAUAUCCAUCAAACUUGGCUUCACCUUUGCGGAUUCUCGUUGAUGCUAGCAAUGGUGCUUCAGAUUAUGGGAACAAAUUUGGGGAACCCUUGAUUCAGGGUUACACUAGGACCUUUGGUAUGAGGCUUCCGAAUGGAGAGAGAAGGGAAUGGUUGAAACCCAUAAUGUUCAGUGCUGGAAUAGGACAGAUUGAUCACAUCCAUAUAACAAAGGGAGAGCCUGAAAUUGGCAUGCUCGUUGUUAAGAUUGGUGGCCCUGCGUAUCGCAUUGGAAUGGGAGGAGGUGCUGCUUCUAGUAUGGUGAGUGGCCAGAAUGAUGCUGAACUUGACUUUAAUGCUGUACAGAGAGGAGAUGCUGAGAUGGCACAGAAACUGUAUCGUGUUGUUCGUGCAUGUGUUGAAAUGGGUGACAAAAACCCUAUUAUCAGCAUCCAUGAUCAAGGGGCUGGUGGUAAUUGCAAUGUUGUGAAGGAGAUAAUAUAUCCAAAGGGUGCUCAAAUUGAUAUCAGGGCUGUAGUGGUUGGUGAUCACACAAUGUCUAUAUUGGAGAUAUGGGGUGCAGAGUAUCAGGAGCAAGAUGCCAUAUUGGUGAAGGCUGAGAGUCGUAGCAUGCUGCAAUCAAUAUGUGAUAGAGAGAGGCUAUCAAUGGCUGUGCUUGGAAAUAUUGAUGGUGAAGGUCGAGUUGUUUUGGUUGAUAGUGCUGCUAUUGAAAAAAGCCGUCUUGAUGGAACUCCUCCACCCCCUCCUGCUGUUGAUCUUGAGCUUGAGAAAGUGCUUGGUGAUAUGCCCCAAAAAACCUUUGAGUUCCAGCGUGUGACUCAUCCUCAAGAGCCUCUUGAUAUUGCUCCAGGAACAACAGUGAUGGACUCCUUAAAGAGGGUGUUAAGACUCCCGUCUGUGUGUUCAAAACGCUUCCUGACCACAAAGGUGGAUAGGUGUGUCACUGGCCUUGUGGCGCAGCAACAAACAGUGGGCCCCUUGCAGAUUACUCUUGCUGAUGUUGCAGUCAUUGCUCAGAGUUACACCAACUUCACUGGAGGUGCAUGUGCUAUUGGCGAGCAGCCUAUCAAGGGUUUGUUAGAUCCUAAAGCUAUGGCAAGAUUAGCUAUUGGUGAAGCGCUCACAAAUCUCAUCUGGGCAAAAAUUACAUCUCUUUCUGAUGUUAAAGCCAGUGGCAACUGGAUGUACGCUGCCAAGCUUGAUGGGGAAGGUGCAGACAUGUAUGAUGCUGCUUCAGCCCUUUCUGAGGUCAUGAUUGAACUUGGCAUUGCUAUAGAUGGGGGGAAGGACAGUCUUUCUAUGGCUGCAAAUGCAGGCGGUGAGGUCGUCAAAGCUCCUGGAAAUCUUGUAAUCAGCGCCUAUGUUACUACUCCCGACAUCACUAAAACAGUUACUCCAGAUCUGAAGCUCAGAGAUGAUGGAGUUUUGAUUCAUGUUGAUUUAGCCAAGGGAAAGCGUCGUCUCGGGGGUUCUGCUCUUGCCCAGGCUUUUGAUCAAAUUGGGAGUGAAUCUCCUGAUAUUGAUGAUGUCUCCUACUUUAAGAGAGCAUUCAAUGCAGUUCAGGAGCUUAUUGCAGAUGAUCUCAUUUCUGCUGGUCACGAUAUCAGUGAUGGUGGCUUACUUGUAAGCAUCUUGGAAAUGGCUUUUGCAGGCAAUUGUGGGCUUUCCUUAGAACUAAAAUCUGAAGGCCAUAAUCUAUUUGAGACUCUUUUUGCUGAAGAGCUAGGUUUGGUUCUCGAAGUUGACAAGAAGACGUUGGAAUCAGUAAUCGGAAAAUUGGGCAGCGCUGGCAUCUCGUCGGAGAUCAUUGGACGAGUCACUACAGAAAAAAAUAUUGAUUUGAAGGUUGAUGGAGUCACUCAUUUGAAUGAAGAUAUGGCUUAUUUGAGGGAUAUAUGGGAAGAAACCAGUUUUAACCUAGAGAAAUUUCAGAGGUUGGCUUCUUGUGUAGAUUCAGAGAAAGAAGGUUUAAAGCACAGACAAGAACCUUCUUGGUCAUUGUCCUUCACCCCUGCUUUUACAGAUGAUAAAUACAUGCUUGCAACCGCUAAACCCAAGGUGGCCAUCAUCCGGGAAGAAGGUAGCAAUGGUGAUAGAGAAAUGUCUGCAGCAUUCUAUGCUGCUGGUUUUGAGCCGUGGGAUGUUGCAAUGUCAGACCUGCUCAGUGGGGCCAUCUCAUUGAAAGAGUUUCGUGGGAUUGCAUUUGUUGGAGGCUUUAGUUAUGCUGAUGUUCUUGACUCGGCAAAGGGUUGGUCAGCUUCAAUAAGAUUCAACCAGCCUCUUCUAGAUCAAUUUCAAGAAUUUUACCAGAGACCCGAUACUUUCAGUCUUGGAGUUUGUAACGGAUGCCAGCUAAUGGCUUUACUUGGCUGGAUCCCGGGGCCCAAAGUUGGUGGUGUGCACAGUAUUGGUGGUGACACUGCACAACCCAGGUUCAUCCACAAUGAAUCAGGAAGAUUUGAAUGCCGUUUCACAGGCGUGACAAUUGAAGAUUCUCCCGCUAUAAUGUUUAAAGGUAUGGAAGGUAGCACACUUGGUGUUUGGGCUGCUCAUGGUGAAGGAAGGGCCUAUUUCCCAGAUACUGAUGUUCUUAACAGUGUUCUGGGUUCUGAUUUAGCCCCUUUGAAGUACUGUGAUGACAAUGGGAAACCAACAGAGACCUACCCAUUUAACCUGAAUGGCUCGCCUCUUGGGAUAGCAGCCAUAUGCUCCCCUGAUGGAAGACACUUAGCUAUGAUGCCUCACCCCGAGCGUUGCUUCCUAAUGUGGCAAUAUCCAUGGUACCCGAAGAAUUGGGGUGUCGACAAGAAGGGACCAAGCCCAUGGUUGCGCUUGUUCCAAAAUGCCAGGGAGUGGUGUUCUUGAUUGACAAUUUUGGCUGUUAUCAUAGGUUUUUGAAGCUAGACUGAUGUGUAUCUGAGGCCUAAUAGCAGUACGAGGAUGCUGCUAAUGUUUCGUUGUCAUUAAUGCGAGUCAUGGGGUUAUUGACUUAUUGUACUUGUGGGUGUUUCACCCCAAAUAAUUUCAGAGGCAUUUUCUCCCAAGACAUUGGUGUUUGGUCUGAUUGUGAUAUCUAACUGCAAAGUUGAAGCAUGUAUACAAGGAUUUAUCAUCAGAUACGCAAUUCUAGAUACAACAGUGUUUCCAGAA